GAGCAAUACCUCUUCAAUGUUUUCGAAGUUAUAGUUUCGACUUUGGAAUCAAAAUUACAGCGCAUCGAAAAUCUGGAUAAAGCGGUCGAACACUUGACGAGAAGAGUGGAGGCUUUGGAUUCGCGCGUACACGACAAUAUCGACAAGACCGACGCGGUCAUCGCGAAGCUACGAACCUUGGACCUUAAACUUUUCAGUUCUCGUCAAGUGGAAUUUCCUUCGAUCGAGUCUGCCGCGUACUCGGCGAUCGACGGCGAACUCGGAAAUGGUUCGAGAUCGACAAAAGGAACGCGUCGCACGCCGGAAGAGAGGAGCGGAGCAUCGUCGUCCGAGACGACGGUUGGCGAAAAAUUGGCGUCGCUGGACCGAAAGGUGUCGGACAUGGACGACAAAUUGACGGAUUUGAAACGUCAAUUGGAGAGCAACUCGUUGCAAAACGAGGACACGAACGCGGAAGCUAGCGAGAAGAAGCCAGCGAGCGCGAGCGCGAGCGCGAUCGAAAUCGCGAACCUAGUUUCCGAUCGUUCGGGAGCCAUUCGCGACCCGACGACCGACGCACACGACGCGACAUCAGCGAGAGGGAGCGGGAACGGUGGAUCGGCAGCGUUCAACGUUACAACGAUGCCGAGAGUCAGCAGCGGCGAGCCAUCGGCGAAACAAAGGAGAAUCGAUCGACUCGUCGAGCAGAUAUAUCCGGCGUUGUCCGUUUCGGAAAAGAUGGACCAAGUCUGGAACGUCGUGGUCGGCACGAUUCGUUCCGUGGACGAUCUGUCGUCGAGAUCGGACGAACUACUCGCGCGGACGCAGAGACAAGAGAGAGCGAUCAGCGAGAUGCACGCAGAUCUGAGACGGAAGACGAACAAGAUCAUCGAGAAUUUGGAAGGAGCGGAGAACAGACUGCGAAAGCAGGAGGACGACGUCGCCGGUCCGGCGGAACUGCCGCUGGAUCCGACGAUCGACCGUCUCGUCGAGUACGACUCGAACAGAAUCGAGCCAACGACGUCGACGAAACUUGGCGGCGCGCUAACGUGGAAUCGCGUUCCCGUCGAAGUGUUCGUCGACGUCGACGCUUCGAAGAAGAGGAAGAGGAAACUUUCUUUCAGACGCGCGGGACCAGCGGAAACGACCGUUUCGUCGGUGAAUCCGACGACCAUCGUCUCGUCGGUGUCGAUGUCCGUGUCUUCCUCGAGCUCGUCCGACACGGCGUCGACGAGUAGCUGGAACGGUUCGAGCAAUUCUGGAAAUUCCUCGAGUUGGGAACGAUCUUGGUCUAAAAAUCGGGGCGUCGUAUUCCCGAGCGUAAAGAAGAAACCAAGUCCGGCGAAUUCGACGUUCGGGACGGACCCGUCGGCGAGUCACAAGGACGCGAAGAUCUACUCGGAGGGAGAGUACUACAAGUUGGAGAUCGACGGGUACGAGGGAAACGCGGGCGACUCGUUGAACGACGCUUGGUACGGUUCGAACAACAGUCCGUUCUCGACGUACAACAGGGACAACGACAGGUCGUCGUUGAACUGCGCGUCGAUGCUGAAGGGCGGAUGGUGGUGGAAGUCGUGCGGUCGAGGGUUGAACGGGCUGUACCUGAAGGAUGCGGAGGAUUCGACGGCUCGACAGGGGAGGGAGAGGGGGUAUGUUAACGGGGGCGAUGACUUUGCGGACUGUUUGGAAAGGUAUCGUGUGGUUCCGGUGGAGAGGUUGGGACUACGCUCUGAAGCGGGCGAGGAUGAUGAUCAAGGCAAAGGGAGCGAGCGGGACGGCGGCGUAGGAGGAAGGAGCGGCGAGUCGGAAGGGAGAGGUGUAAAGUUUGGAGGGACGAGGAUAGUCAGGGAAUGGGCGGUUGUAGGCGUGGCAAUA